AUGCAAAACUUGAAAUUCCCUGACUACAUAGGCUCAAGGAUCUACGUCACAGUCACACAUGCUCGCAUGCUCGUGGGAACGUUAGUAGCCACCGACUCAGAGCUCAAUUUACUGUUGGAUGAUGUCGAGGAGAUAACCGGUGAUUCUUGUCGGAAACUGGGGCUAAUUAGCGUCCCGCAAGCUACAAUUCAAUCAAUAAAAGUGGAAACCGCACAACUAGAAAACCUAGAGAAAUCUAAGCAGCUCUGGUCUCACGAAAUUGUAUAG